CAAUUCUGACCCAUCAAAAGAACCUUCAGUCGAUAUGUGUGCAUCAGAACUGGACGAAGAAACAAUGGAGGAAGGCAGCCUGGUCAAAACUUACCCAAACAUUCUUGCAGAUGAUAAAUGCACUUCUUCAUAUUACAUUCUCUAAAAGCAGUGGCAUUUAAAGCAAGAUAAUUCACCACGUGACCCUGCAAAAAUUGUUCAGGAAUGGUUGGAGAAACAGUGUUGACUUUCCUUUAUAUGCCCCAGAUUCCAAUAUAAUAGACUUCUCUGGGAUGUACUGAACAAACAAGUCUGAUCCCUGAAGGCCCCACCUGAAACUCUUUAAAGGAUCUGCUGCUAAUAUCUUGGUGUCAGAUACCACAGCAUGCUUUUAGAGGUCUGGUGGAGUCCAUGGAGCACAGGAGAAGCCUACACCCUAUUAGACAGGAGGUAUUGUUAAGGCUGAUCAGAAAAAAAAUAAACAACUAAAAAAAGCAUGGAUGUAUUAUAUUUCUGAUAAAUAACGCCGUUAAUAGUGAAUGUAAACAUGGCUAGGUUUGCUAGUGUUUCGAGUCUGGAGGUAUUCCAGGUAAAUAUAUCGAGCUGCGUGCGUCCAGUAAACUUGGGAGUUUUCGAGUUCAUUUUUUUUUAAGAGUCGCAGAAGCCACGCCCACUGAACGCAGUACACCAACCUGGUGACUCCAGCAGGUAAAACACAGAGAGCAGCUCCGAUCACUCAGCCAUGAGCCUUCCUGACAUCAAAUCAUCACGGAAACUGGCAGUCCAGCCUAUUCAGCAGUGCUCAGUCGUACAGCUGAAUGUCGGCGGUCAGGUAUACACCACCACCCUGGUGACCCUGCGCAAAUUCCCCAACUCGAAGCUGGCUGAGAUGUUCAGCGCACCUCUCAAACUCAUAAAGGAUGCAGAGGGUCGCUGUUUUAUAGACCGGGAUGGGACACACUUUAGGGCGAUUCUUGACUACCUCCGUUCAGAGGAAGUUCCUACUCAGAAUUUGCUGGAGGUUCACAAAGAGGCGGUGUAUUAUAAUAUAAAACCACUGGUGAAACUUCUAGACGAGUCACCUCAGUUUUUCGGGGAGAGGGUAGGAAGGCAGCAGUUUCUGUCCCAUGUACGCAACUACCACGAGAAUCUAGAAGUCAUCAUCAGGGUGGGCAGAGCAGAGGCCAUGGCCUCACGAUACACCACAAUAAUCAUAUGUAUCCUAAAGACAGAUGAUGACCUGGCAAGGUACAACGAUGCCCUGCUUAAUCUUGAUACAAAAAAGGAAUCAAUUGUGAGUUUUGGGCCCUGGAAUGCUCAAGCUUCCGUAGAGGAUCUUCUGGAUUGUAUAAAAAUGGACAUUGAGGCAAAAGGAUAUAAAGUGAGCAUCAAACCACACAACACAGAGAAAGGCUUUCUGUUUAAAAGCCAUGGUUUCUUCUAUAUGCUGACUUUUACCUGGUGGUGACUAGCAAUUGUAGUUCUACCCAGCUGUGUGGGAGUGGAAUGUAUUGAAAUAGUGAUACACGGAGGUCAUGAAUCUUUAUAAAAUCCACCUACACACACUUCAGAUAAGAAAAGUGUGUUAUCUGUUAUUUUAGACCCACCUAAAAUGCAGACAUGUGUUAUAUAGGGCUUAUUCAGGAUCUUUGGCAGCUGUAGCCACCCUUGUUUAAUAUUUACUCUAGUUUGUACCGGCCCAUUACACCAUGUGAUCUUGAUGCGCUCAAAAAAUGCAGUGUGAGAGUGUACAAAGUAUUUUAUAGAAUAAUAUUUAUAUCUUUGAGAUAAAAGAAAGCACAAGAGGAUGUUCUGUUAUUGGAAAGUCAAUGCCAUGUCAUGAUAAGACGCCCAACAUCAUUAGAAUUUUUCUUUUAACUAAUAACUGUUAGGUUGCAAAUUGCUUUAUUCACAUUAUACCACUGUGAUUUGCCAAGAAUUGCAAAUUUUUACUUAUAAUUUACAAUUUGUACUUUCUUUUUUUUUUUUUUUUACGUUUUUAGUCCAUACUAACCUUGUGAAACAUCUAUGAGACAACAGAGUUUCUGCUGCCACUUACUGCUUUCAUAAACUGUUAAUAAAAUUCUCCUUAGAGGAAAUG